UUUACUUUCACUGGUAGACACUGUUCUCUCAGUUUAUGUCGGUUCGUGUUAAAGAAGGUGUCCACCUGCAUGCACGAUGAAGAAUCUAAUGAUCGCAAUCGUUCUGAUAAGCCCCUGCCUGGGGGAUGUAUCGCAUAUUUUGUCAGAAUACUCGACAACGACCACUACCACACCUCCACCGCCUCCUAGACCUUACAGCUUCAAAUACCAAGCAGGACGCUAUCCUGGAAAGGUGGAUAGGGUUCAUCAAGAACGUGGAGAUGGCGCUGGGCAUGUUCAAGGUGCUUAUUCCUUCAUUGAUCCCAAGCAUAAAGUACGGACAGUACACUACACCGCCGACGAAACUGGAUUUCAUGCAUCCUUGAUAAAUUACGAGGACACGGUUGCUCAACCGGUCGAUUCCGAAGCAGUGAGGCUCGGUAAGGAGAAACACUUUCGACUUUAUCAGAAGAUAGCCGAAGCAAAUGCCCACAGUGUACCAACAAAUCUUCCAAAGGAUUCCGUGAGCGUGGGGAGAGCGAAGGACAGGCAUAUUCAACUCUAUCAGAAGAUUGCCGAGGAACAUGCUGCAAUUGCAGCUCAAAGAGAAGCCGAACAAUUAGCUUACGAGGCUACCUCUGUUGUAAAUGAUGUAAAUCCGGACCACGUGUAUUAACCUUGUUACAUAAGCUAAAAUAUGCAAUUGCGUUUUAAUCUAGUAUUAAAAACUCUAUAUAUAUUUUAUUACAAAUUCAAGAGACUCAAUAUUAAUGAGCAAUUAGGUUUUAAACGAAGCAAAUAAUAUUUGAAGAGAUCGUUUUCUUUAACUGCGUACAGUGUUAUGUACAGAAAUAAUAUUCUAUAUUGAACUA